AUGGAUAAGCUACUAUGGAAGGUAUUGCCUUUGUCAGCACUCGUGAUAUCCUUCGCAGUUUUCUUUUUUCUAUACAAUUCCAAGAACGCGCAAUUCGAUCCUCUUGUAAAGUUAGUAGGGGAAGGAGAUGAGUGCAGUCUUUUUCCGUAUGAUCGUUACUGGAUAUCUAGUAAGCGGAUUUUGACUUCACAAGGAAUCGUUUCUGGAUCAGUGGAGAUAAAUGAAGGGAAAAUAGCGUCGAUUGUGGAAGGAUAUGGCGAGCACGGGAGUUCUGUUCAACAAGUGAUUGAUUAUGGAGAUGCUGUUAUCAUGCCUGGCUUGAUUGAUGUGCAUGUACAUCUUGAUGAGCCAGGCAGAACCGAGUGGGAGGGAUUUGUCACUGGUACCAGAGCUGCUGCUGCUGGAGGUGUAACUACAGUGGUUGACAUGCCUCUAAACAGUCACCCAACAACCGUGUCUAAGGAAACACUGGAACUGAAGCUUGAAGCUGCCAAGAAUAAAAUCUAUGUUGAUGUUGGUUUUUGGGGAGGUUUGAUCCCUGAAAAUGCACAAAAUACCAGUAUUCUUGAAGGUCUCUUAGAUGCUGGUGUUCUUGGUGUAAAGUCUUUUAUGUGCCCUUCAGGAAUCAAUGACUUUCCGAUGACUACUAUUGAACAUAUCAAGGAGGGAUUGUCUGUGUUGGCAAAAUAUAAAAGACCUUUACUUGUGCACUCCGAGAUUCAACAAGAAUCUAAAAGUAAUAACGGUGACCCGCACGCUUACAAUACAUAUCUCGACACUAGACCACCUUCUUGGGAGGAGGCAGCCAUUAAAGAACUUGUAGAUGUUACAAAGGAUACUAGAAUUGGCGGUACUUUAGAAGGAGCACAUGUUCACAUUGUUCACUUGUCUGAUUCAAGUGCUUCCUUAGACCUUAUUAAGGAAGCAAAACGUCGUGGGGACAGCAUAAGCGUCGAAACUGCCCCUCAUUACCUAACAUUUUCAUCUGAAGAGAUACCAGACAGAGAUACUCGGUACAAGUGUUCCCCGCCCAUUCGUGAUGCAUUGAACAAAGAGAAAUUAUGGGAGGCUGUCCUGGAUGGACACAUUGACCUAUUAAGUUCUGAUCAUUCACCAACUGUGCCCGAACUCAAGCUCCUUAAGGAAGGUGACUUCUUGAAGGCUUGGGGUGGCAUAUCGUCUUUGCAGUUUGAUCUUCCAGUGACAUGGUCAGCUGGGAAGAAACACGGGUUAACUCUAAAACAAUUAUCAUUAUUGUGGAGCCAGAAACCUGCAACCUUUGCAGGGUUAGAAUCAAAGGGGGCCAUUGCAAUUGGAAACCAUGCAGAUAUUGUAGUGUGGCAGCCAGAGCAGGAGUUUGACCUUGAUGACGAUUAUCCUGUUUUCCUUAAACAUCCUAGCCUGUCUGCAUAUAUGGGAAGAAGGUUAUCCGGAAAAGUAUUGGACACUUUUGUUAGAGGAAACCUUGUCUUUAAGGACGGAAAGCAUGCUCCUGCAGCCUGCGGUGUUCAAAUUCUAGCCAAAUGA